AUGGACAGCUCGGAAGCAGCAGACGCUGUCCUGUCAGCAGGAGAUGCAGCAGCAGCAAAUGGACUCGGUCCGCAACCCAAGACAGCUCGUCCAGCCGGCAAGGCUACCACCUUGACACCUCAGACUGCAGACCAAGGCGGUCCCGUCCGCAAGAGUGCAUCUGCACCCCUUGCGCCUGCACGAUCGACACAAGCUCGUGCGCCCUCGCCGGUCCCGAAGCAAGGCGUCACCGCGCCUCUGCCGCCGUCCAAGUCUGAUGCCGAGCCGGUACAACAGGCUAGCAUAGGCGCGAGACGAGCUGCGCCCAAAUUUCAGAUGAAGCCAUUCACAGACAUGAACAGCAAUGAUUCAGCCAACUCGUCUGACGAGGAGCUCAGCGCUACCACACCCAACCUGGCGGAAACGUCUGCUGCUCUCAAGCGUUCUUUGAGCAUCAAAAAUCUGAAGGAUCUUGAUGUCAAAGAUGCCCUGCCGGCCGUCUGGCGUAAGCCAGGCGAAGGUCGCAAACGCCCCAAAGAUCUCGAGCAGCUCCUCAUUUGGUCUCUACGCGGCGGUCUACGCGCUUUCUUGACUGGCUACAGUUUACGAUCAGGCGUCAAUCUCGUCAUGGUCCUCUUCGGCCUCAUGCGUAACGGCAAAUUCAACCUGACAAAAAUUCUCAAUUCCGUCUUUGGCAUUGACGCUUUCCGCAUGGGCGCCAUGUUCGGCUCAUUUGCAUUCUUGUUCAAGUCGACCAAUCAAGGCUUGCGCAUCUAUAACCCUGGGCCGAGAGGGCCAGGCAAAGAAGAGAUUUGGCAUGCAGCCCUCGCGGGCGCCGUCUCGGGCGUGGCCGUCCUCGCAGAGAAGAAGCAGCGUCGUCUCACCUUUGCCCAGCAGCUCUUCGUUCGAGGUUUGCAAGGAUUGUAUAACAUUGGUAAGAGCAGGGGCAUGCCUAUCAUUCCUCAUGGCGACGUCCUGCUCUUUGGCCUUGCCUGCGGUCAGAUUAUGUACGGAUGGAUGAUGUCACCCGAGUCGCUUGCUCCAGGCUAUCGCCGAUGGAUCACUAUGGCUUCACGCGUGUCUCCACCGGCACUGCCAGUCAACCUGGCCAUCGAGCGCAACAAACCGGUGCCCACCGAAGACCUAGAGAAGCUACUGAGAUGGCCAGGGAUCACACCGAAGAACAAGGCUAUUCUCGAGGGCAUCAAGGCUCAGGUCAAUGACGGCCAAGUACAGUCAUUCUUACCCUGUGCGGGCAUUCACCCUUGGAUCGACACAUGCACGAUGACUCAAGUAGAACGAUGGAUCAGCGUCUUCCGAUGGAUGCUGCCCGUCUACAGCGCACUCCACUUCAUACCGCCCGUCCUGCUGAAACGCAAAGCAUUUGCGCAAGAUCCUUUCAAGUUCCUAUCGCGUUCAGCCAUCGGCACCUUCAGGUCUUGCUCUUUCUUGGGCACAUUCGUCAUCAUAUUCCAAGGACUCGUCUGUCUGAGUCGCAAUCUACAAGAAGCCUUCCUCGGCAAGUUUGCCUUUUUGGAUGCCAUCCUUGGUCACCGAUACUGCUACUGGGGCUACGGCUUCGCGACCAGUGCAGCCAUGUUCAUCGAAGAAAAGCGAAGACGCGGCGAACUCGCCAUGUACGUCUUACCCCGAGCGCUCGAGUCGGUUUGGUCGGUGGCACGUAGCCGCUCGUGGGUUCCUCUCAUUCCUGGCGGCGAAGUCGUCCUCACUUCCACGGGUCUCGCUAUGGUCAUGUCGGCAUAUCACCAUGAUCCCGCGCGUCUGUCUGGUCUCGUUCGAAUGCUAUUAUAUCAAUUUAUAGGCAGAAGCGUACGUCAUCGUCUGCUCUCUACGUGUCACCGCUGA